GUGGUACAAGGGCGAGUCGAUGCGAUCGGUGGGAAAGGUGGCUGAGAAAAUAGCCGACGAAAUCUUUAGUAGCCUACUCUUGGACUUGGGAGUUGAGAGUCAAAGGAGUUGUGUCACUUGUGUCAUCGAUGAAACUUACUGGUUGAAAAUAAGGAGUGCCAAAAUGUCAAAAUCCAAGGAAAACAAUGUUGGGAUUUCGUUACGACAAAUUUCGGAGGGCCAACUUUUGAAGUAUACCAACAUGAUGAAAGGUUGGCAAAAUCGUUGGUUUGUUUUGGACCCACGCACGGGAAUGCUGGAGUACUUUAUGUCUGAAAGUGAGAGAAAGCAGCGACCAAGAGCUUCUCUACAUUUGGCAGGAGCAAUUGUUGUCCCGAGUGAAGAAGAUUCAUACACUUUUUCUGUUAAUGCUGCAAAUGAAAACUCGUUCAAAUUAAGGGCUACUGAUGCAAAGGAGAGGCAGUACUGGAUAAAUAGACUUCGUGUUGUGGCACAGGCUCACACACAAGUUCUGGCUGAGAGCAACCCACCAUUGUUUCGGGAUCAUUCUCAACUCAGCAGUAGUAAUCUUUCAACAACCUCUGCUGUAUCUGUUAGCCCACACAAUCCUGGACCUUCACAGAAAAUGCUGUCAUGCAACUUAACAGUCCUGGAUGCAUUUAGUGGUGUCCGUGAUUAUUUACGCCGUGUGGAAUGUGAACAUCAACGAUUAGUCCAUGAUAUUGAGAGUUUACCAAAUUCAGGACCAACUACAACUUGCACCGACACAGAGAUACUUAUAAUGAAAGCUACUUCUCAAGCAACUUUGCUGUGUCUGGAGCAAUGCUUGGCAAUCCUCCACUAUCAACAGCAGCAGCCCACUAAGCCAAUCAAAGCAAACUCGACUGGGAGCUCACCCCUUCUUGGAUAUUCUAGUUCAAAGAAAUCCACUGAUUUCAAAAGAAUAUCUGAUUUUCCGAGAAUGAGAAGUGAAAGUGCCGUUUCUGUCCUAAGUGAUAAAACUCUCUCUGAUGUAGGCACUCAAAACUGGUCGGAAACGAACGAACAAUCAUCUACAGUUCCAAGUUUAGAUGAUGAAUCAGAGUAUGUCCCUAUUGUCGAGGAAUCUCUCUCAGCAAUUGCCCAAGAAACAGGAAAUGAAGAGUAUAAAGGGCGUACUCUGAAGCUUCUUUCUCAGUUAAAACUGGGCACAGAACUUACUAAAGUGAAUCUUCCCGUCUUUUGCUGUGAACCUCGUUCCCUUCUUCAAGUUAUUGCUGAUGCAUUUCGUCAGCCAAAUUUGUUGCUAAAGAUGUCUAGAGAAUCUGACGUAGAGCAUAGGAUGGCUAUGGUGGUGCAGUGGUAUUUGGGUUGCAUUCGCGCUUGUCAAUUGGAAAUGACAGCUGCCCGCAAGCCUUUUAACCCUGUGCACGGAGAGAUAUUCAAAUGCAUCUGGAAUAUGAAAGAUGAAGCCACUGGUGAAAUUUUACUCUUCAGAUUUGUGGCAGAACAAGUUUCACACAAUCCUCCUGUUAGCGCGUUUCACUUUGAGUGUCCACAACAACGUAUUUCUAUUAGUGGAAAUUUAUCAAUCAAAGCCAAAUUCAUGGGAAUGUACGUGGGAGUGACGCUUGGUGGGGACAUGGUUUUGGAACUUCCGGCCCAUAAUCAGUCACAGGAUCAAGAGACAGAGAAAUACGAAAUGACAUUUCCUAUGCUUUACUUGCGAUCCUUUCUUUCCGAACCCUGGUUGGAGUUUGGUGGCAAGAUCAACAUAAACUGUUCGGAAUCGAAAUUAUCUGCUGGCAUCGUAUUCCAAACCAAACCAUUUUAUGGCGGCAAACCACAUCAAGUUACUGCUGAAAUUAAAGGGCAAUCUGGCAAUACCACUGCCCGUAUAUCCGGUGAUUGGACGAGUGGUGUUAUGGAACUGUCCUGGGUGAACGGCCAGUCAGAAUCUAUUGACCUUCAAACGGAAGGUGAUUUGUUGGGAAAAAAAAUCCGCCGCAUUUCCGAUCAGGCGGAUGAAGAGUCAUACAAAUUGUGGUAUCCCGUGAGACGAAAUUUGAUAUCAGGGGAUUUCCAAAGUGCAGCUGAACACAAAAAAAUUAUUGAAGAGCGUUAUCGGGAAAAAGAACGGAAACGUCAUGGUCAAGGCAUGCCGUAUUGCGCCACCUACUUUGAGCUGAACAACGACCUUUGGAUUCGGAAAAAGUGAUGACACUGACAUUCGUAUCUUUUCCAUGUUUUGCCUGUCAAACUGACGUAUACUAAGCUGCACUAUAAAAUAGAACCUUUAUUCAGAAUUAAGUUUCACUGUUAUAUUGGUCUCGUUGAAUUUUUACGGGAGGAUCUUGAGCGAUUUAAAAACCUCGUUGAUUAUUUAAAUUGUUUUGGAAAUGGAAAAAAUAGUUCGAAUAAUUUAAUUAAUAGAAAUAAGGCGUGUUUUGCUUCAAAUGUUAGUUGAUACCUUAGAGCACCCACCCCAAGCGAUUCGAAAAUCAGAUGUAAUCGAGCUGUAGUCCGCUUAGAAAACAGGCUGUCAGCAACGGUAUGCGUAGUCACAAGGCACUGAAAAGAAUUACGAACGGUGUGUACCUACGAGUUCAAUUAACUUUUACUAAACCGAUCCCUUGCUGUUGCUGCGCUUGAGUUUCCCUCUAGCACCGAUCUGCUUUGAAUGUAUUGCAUUAUGUUUUUCAUCUAAAUAUAAAUUUCAAAGCUG